CGGCCACACGAGCGGAAAGCCCACGGGCCCCCACAUCGCUCUCGCCCCUCCUCUAGAUCGCACCACGAGCGAGCGACGAGAGGGCGGCGCUCCCGUUCGCGAGCACGCGAUCGAUGGCCAUGGAAGAAGCCGCAGCCGCAGCCGCCACCGGCGGAGGAGGAGGGGUCUCCGCGGCGGCGGAGGAGGCGGACCGGAGGAGGAGGGGCGCGCCGGUGACGUGGGGGCGGGUGCGGAGGGCGGCGCAGGAGGCGGCUGCGCACGCGCUGCUGCUCUGCUUCACCGCGCUCCUCGCCCUCAAGCUCGACGGCCUCUUCCGCGGCUCGUGGUGGGUGCUAUUCACCCCUCUAUGGUUGUUCCACGUUGUUAUUGCUCGUUGCAGAUUCUCAUUACCUGCUCCUUCAUCAGCACAGAGUUUUCAGAUGGCUUCCUGCCAUUCCCUUGUUGCCACGCCCUUGCUAGUUGCUUUUGAGCUCCUUCUGUGUGUUUAUCUAGAAGGUCAUGAUGAACCGUUUAUUGAUUUAAAGCUUGUAUUCCUUCCACUACUCGCUUUGGAAAUAAUUACUCUUGUUGACAAUUUCAGGAUGUGUGGUGCACUAAUGCCUGGACAUGGAGAAACUAUGACAGAUGAAGCAAUUUGGGAGAGGCUUCCUCACUUCUGGGUUGCCAUUUCCAUGGUUUUUCUACUAGCGGCUACUUCACUCAUGCUUCUUAAGUUGUGUGGUGAUGCAGUCACUCUGGGAUGGUGGGAUUUAUUCAUAAACUUUGGGAUUUCCCAAUGCUUUGGUUUUCUUGUCUGCACAAGAUGGUCUAAUCCAAUGGACAUUGGUGGCCCUAUAUUGAUAAUUCCUAUCGUAAUUUUUCAAGUUCUUCUGUGUAUGCGCCUAGAGGGCACUCCAUCUAAUGCAAGAUAUUUCCCACUCCGAGCUGUUUUUUUACCUAUACUUUUGCUGCAAGUGACUGCCGUAUCUUUUGCUGUUUGGAUAUUCUUCGAAAGGCUUGUUACAAAAUUGCGUGAUAAGAAGACCAGUGAUGGAUAUAUCUCCCUCUCAUCAAAAAUUGAUGAGCUGUUUAUGAUGCUGCAGCAUGGUUCAAGGCUAAUCGCUUGGUGGUCUAUUGAUGAAGAUAGCAAAGAGGAGCAAGCUCAUUUAUUCUAUGCAAAUAAUACUGGAUAUAGUACCUUCUGCAGCUAUCCACCUCAGAUGGUCAAAGAGAUGCCAAAGAAAGUUCUUGUCAAAGAGGUACAGAGACUUCAAUUAGCUUUGGGAGAGCAAACCAAAAUGGCAAAGCUUAGUCAACAGCAGUGCGAUAAGCUAAAAAAUGAACAGAUCCUAUGUCGGAUUUGCUUUGAGAGAGACAUCUGCAUAGUAUUGCUUCCAUGCCGCCAUUAUGUUUUGUGCGAAACCUGCUCCGAUAAGUGCAGAUUAUGCCCAAUCUGUCGAGUGAAUAUUGAGAGCAAGCUACCUGUUUGUGAUGCAGUGAGUUCAGCUGAUUCAGUAAGUGAUAUAGUUUAGAUGAUCACAUGUCGACUGUAGUUCUGGAAUUCUGGCUACCUACUUCUAGUACCAGCAAAGAUGACAACGCAGAGUAAGACAAAUGGUUUUGGUUGUGGAAUUCAAAGAAAUGCUAGAAAUAGGUCUUCUGUGUCAGAAUGGGGUACAAGAAAAUCAGAAGGCGUGCCCGCUAACCUGCAUAUAACCCUCAGUGAUAUGACACAAAGGAAGCAUGCGAGUUCUUGGAAUCUUUUCUCUCAUAUAAUGCCAACAUGAAAAGCCACUUAAAACAUUGAAUUCUGAGGCACAGUCUGCUAGUUUGGACGUUUGGUUUCCCAUGCAAGGAAUCUUACGAGCUGAGGGCACCGUUAAGCAAUCUUGUGUAGCAGGAAUUUCAGGUUGCUAUUGUUCAUCAGAAUUUGAGAGAAGCAAAACCCCAGGUUGUUCCAAUUUCAUAAUUUAGGAGUAUAUAGUUUCCACAGCUCAGACAACACAUGUUCCAAAUCUGCAUCAAUGCAUGUACUUAGAGAAAGGCAAUAAUAAUGAUCUUAUCUGCUCAAUUUUAUCUCCAAGGAUUAAGUGCAAGCAUGAAGUUUCCACCUGGGGUCUUGUCAAAUGAUGAGGGCAACUAUCGGUUGCGCAUGUCAAUACACCAUAUAUGCACUUUGAUGCUGUAUACUGGAAAGAUAGCCUUUGCCGUACGAGGAUUUGGGAUAUACAAGUCAACAUUUGUGGCUACAGCCUUUCGUUUCUUGGUCACGUUGCUAUGAUUUGCCAUGCCCUGUGGCCUGCAAUGAUCUACUCGUGGAGGGCCUGCUGCCUCACAUCACAUGGGCAUCCAAUCCAAUACCUGUGUACUGGUGCAAAAUGGUUGUCAAGAAAGUUGCCAGGUGCAUGCAUGCUCCGGGUGACACAAGAUGUCACCCCAUUUCCCCUUAUCUUUUUUAGUCCUUAUCCAUGUUGCUUUCAUGUAUGUAGGCCUCCUUUCUUCGUUGCUCUAGCUAGACCUUGCUUUUGCCUUUUGGUACCCUUUGUGUAAUCGAUCAUAUGCAGAUUUGUGACGGCAAGAAUUUUGGCAGCACCCUGGGGGACUGAUCUGCUUUGCUUUGCUGAGCACACAGCCACACAUGUCUAUUUUUGUUUCGGCAAGAGAAAUUUGUUU